AUGGCUGCAAAAGGCUUCAAAACCUACUUGGGAGUGUGUGUACUCUUGGUGAUCAUUAUAGUAGGGGUGAUUGUGAUCAUCACUCAAACCAUGUUCAAACUCAAGGAUCCUGAUAUCAAUCUCCACCCUGUUGGUCUCGACAAAUUUGAUUUUUUCCUUUUGCUCAAUUCAACCAAGAAUGUGACUCUAGGCAUGAUGAUCUCAAUAAAGAAUCCAAACUAUGGAACCUUCAAGUACAAAAACUCUACUGGUUAUGUCAAUUAUGAUAAUACCAUUGUAGCUGAAGUUCCAAUAGAGGGACGAUUAGUCCAACCGCAUAGCAAGAUGAAUCUGAGCACCCAUGCGUAUAUAAUGCCUUCAAAGUUGGUAAAUGAUCCCCAAUUUUUUACAGAUGUUGGGGUUGGGACAUUGAAUUUGACAUCAAAAGCUGAACUUCAUGGGAAAGUGAGUUUGAUGAAGGUUAUCAAAAUGAAGGCCACAGCUUAUAGUUCAUGCAACAUCUCUUUGAAUAUAAGUUCUAAGGAUGUUGAUACCAAAUGCAUAUCCAAAAUUAAGCUUUGA